AAAAAAACAAGCCGGUCAGAGAAAUAUUGAAAAUCACUAUAAAAAAAAAUCGACGCUUUAUUAAAGCAACCAAAAUAUAUAUAUUUUGGAUAAAUAUUGGUGGUUUGGGUAUUUAUCAACGUUUUUUUCUCAUGCAAACAAAAGCCAAGAAAAAGGGUUUUCAUUUGCGUUAAAUAAUUGGCUUUUGAAUAUCAAGAGUUCUUUUUAUGUGAUUAUUCCUUUCCAUUUUUUUUUAAAAAAAUGGAAGGAAUAUCUGAUAAUGUGCAUGGAGUUAUAUUAGCUAUAUCAUCCAGUAUUUUUAUUGGGUCUAGCUUUGUUAUUAAGAAGCAAGGUCUAAAGAAAGCUGGUGCAAAUGGAAAACGAGCAGGUUCAGGAGGCCACUCUUACUUGUUGGAACCUUGUUGGUGGGCUGGAAUGUUAUCCAUGAUUAUUGGAGAGGGAGCUAAUUUUGCUGCUUAUGCAUAUGCCCCGGCAAUACUUGUGACACCCCUAGGAGCUUUAAGUAUGAUUGUAAGUGCAGUGUUAGCCCAUUUUAUUUUGAAGGAGAGGUUACAUAUCUUUGGUAUGGUUGGUUGUCUCCUCUGUUUGGUUGGCUCUGUCACUAUUGUCUUACACGCGCCGCUAGAAAAGAGUAUUCAAUCUGUUAAGGAUGUCUGGUACCUAGCAACAGAGCCAGGGUUCCUCGCCUACGCUUUCACAGUUAUGAUUCUAGUACUUAUCCUUAUUGUGCGGUUUGUGCCUCGUUAUGGGCAGUCGCAUUUGGUUGUCUACAUUGGAAUCUGUUCUCUAGCGGGUUCUCUCACGGUUAUGGGUGUCAAAGCAAUUGGAAUGGCUAUGAAGCUCACAUUUGGAGGACAAAAUCAGUUCAAGUAUUUUGAGACAUGGUUUUUCAUAGUGUUUGUCCUCAUCUUUUGCCUUUUGCAGCUGAACUAUUUGAACAAGGCACUUGACACAUUUAAUACUGCUGUGGUUUCCCCUAUAUACUACGUCAUGUUUACAACACUGACCAUUGUUGCAAGUAUGAUAAUGUUUAAGGACUAUGUUCAUCAAAAUGCAACACAGAUAAUUACAGAGUUAUGUGGUUUUGUAACUAUCCUCUGUGGUACUUUUCUUCUUCACAAAACCAAAGACAUGGGAAGCAAUCCAUCCAAACCAAUACCUGUCCUCCUCCCAAAAACAGAUACGGAUUGUAAGCCAACAAGCGAAACAACAAAAAUCCCAGCUGAGGUUUGAAGAAAAACGACUAGGAGAUUGUUCUUUAAUUGGAUCAUCAAGAGAGCAUAGGGGAAAAGGAGAGGUGCAUAAACAAGGAAGAUAGAAGCAUUUGUUAUUGGAUAAAACAUAAGGAGACAAGCUUAGCAUUGGAAAGAGGUGAUGUUUUUUGACAGGUUGAAGCCAAUGUUAUACUAGGAAGAUAUUUCGAUAUGAUUCUUUUUUGUUAUUUUGACUUUAGAAAGAUUUUACAGUGUGGAUACUGAUAUCGAAAUUGACAUGCUUCUUCGAAUUAUAUACACAGAUAAUAUGGAAACGAGUUGGACUUUUGUUGCUUCAGGCUAGCAUUUCUUUUGUGUAUAUAGGACAUUGCCUGUAUUGAGAUUCUCUUGUUACUUUGUCUAGUUGGUUUUCAAUGUCUUUCACUCUUUUUUUUGGGAUUAAA